GCUCAUUACAGCGCUGCUGGUUCAAAUUGACUCAACUACAAGGAGCGGAGACACAAUGGAGGAGAGCACGGUGCAGACACACUGCUGAAAGACUUACCGGAGUGUCUCACACACACACACACACCGUGCAGCUUUAACCGGAUCGGAGAUUACACAUAGUUUGGAGAGACUUGUUUCUUUGUUUCCGCCCGUGAAAGAGAUUGCAUUCGGGCACUGAGCUGCAUCACAUAAGAGGUCAUCAUGCCUCCCACAACCCCAUAUGCCGGAAAGUUCAGCUCCUACAGCAACAACAACAACCAUCCUCAGCCUCACAGCCCGUACCGCAAUGGCACCGGCCCAAAGCCUGCGAAGGAAAAUGUCUACAACGGCGCUUACUCUUCCGCAGAAAACCCCUAUGACAUACCACAGCCUCACUGUUCGUACCGCAGCUCCUCUGUCUCCUCUGUGACGGCGAAGGAGCAUCAUUACAACAGCAGCUGCACCGUGUCAGAGAACCCGUACUCCUCACCGCGGCCCCACAGCCCUCGGCAGCACAGCACUUCCUGUCCUGGACGUGCAUACCGUCACACCAGCAGCAGCAGCGGCAGCGAGCAUUCUUGUCGUAACAACUCCAUCACGGCGAAAGGCCGGAUCUAUGGACACGGUGUCACUGCUAGCUAUGGGGAGAUGUGUUACCAUGACAACAGUUUGGUUUCAGCAUCUCUCGAGGCACUGAUCCAGCACUUGGUCCCCACAGUCGACUACUACCCUGAUAGGUCGUAUGUGUUCACCUUCCUGUUGAGUUCACGCCUCUUCCUGCACCCGUACGAGCUCAUGACGAGGGUUUGUCACCUGUGUGUGGAGCAGCAGCGGUCCGGAGACGCCCUGCUGGAUAAGAUCCGUUUCCGUGAAGUGGCGCCUAAGCUGGUGCAGCUGCUGACCGAGUGGACGGAGACGUUUCCGUACGACUUCAGGGACGAGAGGAUGAUGCGUUGCCUCAAGGACAUGACGCACCAUGUGGCCCGAGGGGAUGAGUACUCUUGGCGAGCCAUGCAGCAGAUGACCCAGCGGCUGAUCAAACGCCUCUCUGCCCUCGGACAGUAUGAGGAGGCCGUUGCUGCGCUGAACGCCGCUGCGUUGGAGCGGCCCGCUUCCCUGAAAAGCAAACAGGCCUCGGGUCAGCGAAGCGACGUAAUGAGCGUGUGUGACGACCCCUUCAUCCUCGCACAGCAGCUCACGCACAUUGAACUGGACAGACUGAGUUUUAUUGGUCCUGAGGAGUUCAUCCAGACAUUCGCCAUGAAGGAUCCUCUGGAGAACCAUAAGGGUUUCUUUCGGAAGCGUAAAACCAGUAACCUUGAGGCGUACGUCAACUGGUUCAACAGACUGAGUUACCUGGUGGCCACUGAGAUCUGUAUGCCAGUGAAGAAGAAACACAGAGCGCGGAUCAUAGAGUUCUUCAUUGAUGUGGCUCAGGAGUGUUUCAACAUCGGCAACUUCAACUCCCUCAUGGCUAUCAUCACUGGGAUGAACAUGAGUCCUGUUGCCAGACUGAAGAAAACCUGGAGCAAAGUCAACACCGACAAGUUUGAAAUCCUAGAGCACCAGAUGGACCCGUCCAGCAACUUCAGCAACUACCGCACUGCGCUUCGUGGUGCAACCCAGAGGUCUGAGACUGCACACAGCAGCCAGGAGAAGAUUGUGAUUCCCUUCUUCAGUCUCCUCAUUAAAGACAUCUAUUUCCUGAAUGAAGGCUGCGCCAGCAGGCUGCCCAACGGUCACAUCAACUUUGAGAAAUUGUGGGAGCUUGCAAAGCAGGUGAGCGAGUUCCUGGUUUGGCGUCAGGUGAUUUGUCCAUUUGACAGAGACCGCCGCAUCCUCCAGUACCUCGUCACCACGCCAGUGUUCAGCGAGGACGAACUGCAUCUGGCCUCGUAUGAGAGUGAAGGUCCUGAGAACAACAUGGAAAAAGACAGUCGUAGGUCUCUUAGAUCUUCCCUCCUGCAUCGAGAGAAUCGAUCCUAAGACGAUGACAAUCCCCUCUGCUUUACAGACUUUAAACGAACGAGGUGUUUAAAAAGCUACAGGUUCCUCCAUAUAUCCAUAUUAUCUUAUGGACACAUUUUUACAUCCCCAUGGCCAUAUUUUAGGUCAUGGAAAAAUGCUGAUCUACAGGAUAACAAUUUCAUAUUUUCACAGAUCAACAGAUGUUACAAUAUGUGGGCUUUGAGUUCACAAGGAGCAUAAAUUAUUCAUGAAUCAGAUACUGUAACAGCCCUUAAAGAGAAUCAUCUAGUGCCAAAAGACCUCAGUGCUGCAGUUAUUACUAUAAUCAUCUUGCCUUUCAAGCAGCCAUGGACUGAAAUCAUUUUCAAACCUAAUGAUCCCCAAGAGAAACUUGGGAUUUGGAUCAUCCUUUUCAACAUCGGCUCUGUUCAAGGCACUUACUGCCGAAGUCGCCAAACAUGUAUGGAUUUUGUUCAUAUCUCCAUCAUGGUGACCGCUUCAUAUUGUGGAAGGACUCAUACCAUGGAAGUACGAAGGGCUGGUUUUGUCUCUGAAUGAGCACUGCUUCUCUGCGGAUAUCAUCUGUGGAGUUCAGUCCACAGAGACAGGAGAGAGAUCCACUCUGAGAGGAAUUAUAAUCGAUCUGUAUUAUAAAUAACGGGCUAACAGCUGCUUUUAGAAGUGGUGUCGUCGGCGUUGUUGUCUUGUUGAGUGCAUGAAUUUAAUCUUGAGCAGCAACUGCACCACAUCCAGUCCAUUUGCUCUCAGUUUGCACACAGCACCAAUUUCCGGCUAUUUCACAUCAUAGCAUUAUUUGAUGUGAACACAUAAUGCAAGCCAAUCCAUAAGCCACAUAUUGCCAAACACAUUUAAGAGACACUGUUUUUUAUCAAUCAUGCUAUUUGGUUGUAAACAUUUUGUGAUGUGCGCACUUUGUGGUGAUGCAAAAUUGUGAGUGUCAGCAACAUUGUGCUAAUCAUGCAAGUUAAGUUAUCAAAUGCACUUCAGUGGGUUCUUGUGUAUUGUAUUAUAGGAUUUGGUGACUCCUAUUUUAAGGCGUCUUUCUUUACAGUAUUAUGUUGUAUUUUGUAUCAGAAGAUUAAAAAAAAAUGUAUUUUUCCUUUUUAUGUACUUUUCUCUGAAGUUUCACCGUGAGCUUGUUGCUGGUUGGCUGGCUCUGUGUUGGUAAGCUAUUAUGUUAAUACAACACCAGUUCUUGUAUGACAAAGAAGUGUUUUGGGUCUGAAUGAAGCACAAACUGAUGUGUGUAUGUGUGUGCAGCUUCAUGACAAACAGGAAACUCACCCUCGUCUUCACAGUGAGUGUGAAGUGAUCCUUUAAAAUCUGCCAGUGAGUGACUGUUGUGCUGUUUUUAGGUCUUAAAAAAAGCUCAUUUUAUGUUUCAUUUUAUAAACGUUUUCUCAUGUAUGCUUUUGUGUUACCGAUCAGGGUACUUGUACUGAAGGUUUUUGUGAAAAGAGAAUUAUAUUUUUUCUUUCAAAUAAACAUAACUGAAUAA